GUUGAUACACACCCCUUUGGCUCCUCCUUGAUUCAAAUGUUAGGUCAGGAGGAAGAAGGAAAACUAAUUCAAGAGCUGCACUUAAGCAUCUAGAAUUUUCUGUGUUACCUCUUGAGAGAAGAGACUGGCUUCAGGUCUGACUCAGUUCGCUACAAGCUAGACUCUCUUCUUAAAGCACCGACAUUACUUGAGUUUUUGGAUAAAAUUGAGAGAAGAGUCUAAAAGUGUUGUGGACUUUACAGGAGGCAGGAGGCUGACAACUGUCAAUAAAGACAGAGAUGUCAGGCCUGAGGCCCAGCACUCUAGUGGACCCUGAGAUUGAGCUAUUUGUGAAGGCUGGAAGUGAUGGAGAGAGUAUUGGAAAUUGUCCCUUUUGCCAACGCCUUUUCAUGAUCCUCUGGCUUAAAGGAGUUAAAUUUAAUGUGACAACUGUUGACAUGACCAGAAAGCCUGAAGAGCUGAAGGACUUAGCCCCAGGUACCAAUCCUCCCUUCCUGGUGUAUAACAAGGAGUUGAAAACAGACUUCAUUAAAAUUGAGGAGUUUCUAGAGCAGACCCUGGCUCCUCCAAGGUAUCCUCACCUGAGUCCCAGGUACAAGGAGUCUUUUGAUGUGGGCUGUAACCUCUUUGCCAAGUUUUCUGCAUAUAUUAAGAAUACACAAAAGGAGGCAAACAAAAAUUUUGAAAAAUCUCUGCUCAAAGAAUUCAAGCGUCUGGAUGACUACUUAAACACCCCACUUCUGGAUGAAAUUGAUCCAGACAGUGCUGAGGAACCCACAGUUUCCAGAAGACUGUUCUUGGAUGGGGACCAGCUAACACUGGCUGAUUGUAGCUUGUUACCCAAGCUGAACAUUAUUAAAGUUGCUGCCAAGAAAUAUCGUGACUUUGACAUUCCAGCAGAAUUCUCAGGAGUCUGGCGUUAUCUUCACAAUGCCUAUGCCCGUGAAGAAUUUACCCACACGUGUCCUGAAGACAAAGAAAUUGAAAAUACUUAUGCAAAUGUGGCUAAACAGAAGAGUUAGGAUAGCUCUUACAGGAGAAAAGGCUAUGUGUGUGAUCAGAUUUUACUUAUUGACACAUUACAAAAGGUUUGCCAAUAAGAAUAUGAAAAAUACUGUCCACUGUGUAUUUUAGAGGUCUUCAUACUUUUACUUAAUUUUCUUUAUCCAUAUGACAAGCCACUGCAAUCCUGAAUGACAUGGAAAGCAUCACAAUCUUUUGCCUUUUGCUUGAAUUCCUGGAAUGCAUAUAUAUAAGCUAAACAGAUGUCUGUAGUUAUAAAUGUCAUAAGUAGAAGUAACAAUCUCAUCCCAUUCCUUAGAAACAUUUCCAUAUAAAUCAUUAAAUAAUUUCACAUUUUUAUUAGUUUAAUAUAUGCAUGAGUUUAUUUCUGAUAUAAAUGAUAAAUUCAGAGAUUGAGCAUAUCAGAGAGGAAAAUUCUGAAAGAAUGAUUAUUUGUAUGUUUAUUGCAGCACUGUUCACAAUAGCAAAGACUUGGAACCAACCCAAAUGGUUAUCCAGCCCAUCAAUGAUUGAUAGACUGGAUAAACAAAAUGUGGCACAUAUACACCAUCGAAUACUAUGCAGCCAUAAAAAAAGAUGCAUUCAUGUCCUUUGCAGGGACAUGGAUGAAGCUGAAAACCAUCAUUCUCAGCAAACUGACACAAGAACAGAAAACCAAACAUCGCAUGUUCUCACUCAUAAGUGGGAGUCGAACAAUGAGAACACACGGACACAAGGAGGGGAACAUCACACUGGGGCCUGUCAGGAAGUGGGGGUUUGGGGAGGGCUAGCAUUAGGAGAAAUACCUCAUGUAAAUGAUGGGUUGAUGGGUGCAGCAAACCACCAUGGCAUGUUUAUACCUAUGUAACAAACCUGCGCAUUCUUCACAUGUACCCCAGAACUUAAGGUAUAAUAAAAAACCACCUCCUCUAAGCUCUUAAUAUUGGCUAUAAUUAAAUAUCAUAUUUUAAAAAGCAGCAAAAAAAAAAGUCAGCUCUAGGAAGAGAUUAAGAUCAGUUGGUUGUAGAACAGCAUUUGCACCUAGAACUAUGAUCACCUCAUGGUCAGAAAUGAGAAAGUAGCCUUUGUGACCAAAUUGUAUGAUUGUUAAAUGAAGAAGCAUUCGCUAAAUAAAACAUAAUUUUAAAAAACGAGAUAAGAAACAAAGUCAACUAAAUCUUUUAUUCAUAGAAAUGUAAAGGAAAAUAAGAAAUGUGGCUGACCAUAGGUGUUGUUGAUGUCCAUAAAAGGAUAAGGUAAACAGUCCUUAGAUAAUUACCAAACUUUCUACAAAAGUUAAAGUGUUGCAUUACUACAUGUAUUCAGAUUAACUUGUUAAAGUAUUCUUAAAUCAUUCAAAUCUGGAAACAAAAGUUGAACUUAACUCUUGCUCCCUCAAAAGAGAAACGCAAGAGUAAGUGCAGCUUCAAAAAAGGAAACAACUACAGGGUUCUUUUAAGGCUUUGGAGGAAGGGUGGAGUUUAGGUAAAUUUAAACGAAGUGGUGGUUUAAUAGGUUCAAAGAAAAGUAAGGCAAUGAGCAAGCUCAAAGUUGUCCUUAAAACCAUAGAGUCGAGAUAAAUGUAUAGUGUACAGUUAGGUGGCAGACAACUGCAAUUAUGUUGACAAUCUUUCAGAUACAUCCUUUCAUCAGCAUAUUUCAGAACACAUGCAAUAGACUAGCAAGUUACAAUUGAUAGAAUACAUUUGAAAAAUGUGUAA